AUGGCGCAGUACUUCUUCGACCUGCUAUACACCUUUACAGACUGUCUCUGCUGCUUCCCGAGCUCUCCGCAACUGAAGAUAAACAACCGGAGCUUCAAGCUGCUGCGGCUGCUCGGAGAGGGCGGCUUCUCCUAUGUCUAUCUCGUCCAGGAUAAAAGUACCGAUGAGCUCUUUGCGCUCAAGAAGAUACGAUGUCCUUUCGGUCAGGAAUCCGUCUCGCUCGCCCUCAAGGAAGUCGAAGCAUACGGCCUGUUUACACCCAACCGCAACAUCAUCCAUUCCAUCGAUUACUCGGUUGUAACUGAAUCCGGGUCGAAAUUCAGAUCAGACGGUGCAGAUGCUGGCUCAAAGACCGUUUACAUUCUUCUGCCGUACUACCAGAGAGGGAACCUUCAGGACGCCAUCAAUGCGAAUCUGGUCAACCAUACGUCGUUCCCGGAGAAAGAGCUGAUGGUGCUGAUGCUCGGAGUAGCCAGGGCAUUGAAGUGUAUGCAUCAGUAUAAGGUGAAGGAUUCUGCAUCGAGAGGGAAUGGAAAUGGAGCCGCAAAGGGCAAAUCAAGAGGCAAGCCAACCAGAAGGACGAGUCGAAGGGUUGAUAACGACGAUGAUGAGACGGAACAGGAGCCUCUGAUGGAUGGCGAGGUUGCAAUCAGCCAGGAGGGCGUAGAGGAGGGAGAAUACAGACCGUAUUCUCACCGAGACAUCAAACCCGGAAACAUCAUGAUCGAUGAUGACGGCAAGACACCAAUUCUCAUGGAUCUAGGAUCUCUCAGCCCGAGCCCCAUCGCAAUCACAUCUCGCUCUCUUGCCAUAGCAGUCCAAGACACGGCGGCCGAACACAGCACCAUGCCCUACCGUGCCCCAGAGCUAUUCGACGUGAAGACUGGCUCCAUCAUCGACGAGAAAGUAGAUAUCUGGUCUCUGGGCUGCACUCUGUACGCUUGUCUCGUAGGCAAGAGCCCUUUUGAAGCCCGCAGUGAAGAGACUGGCGGCAGUCUGGCCAUGUGUGUCCUUGGCGGCGACUGGCGUUUCCCCGACGAGAAGAGCGGAAAUACAGAUGCUGGAAAGGGUAAAACCAGAGUCCCUUCACCAGGGGAUGCCGCUGGUGCAGAUGCCGCUGAGAGUGGAGGAAUAAGCCAACCAGUAAAGGAGCUGGUUAGACGUUGCUUGCGGGUUGAACCUGCUGAGCGGCCUGACAUUGAUGAACUAAUUGCUCUGAUCAAAGAGACCAUACAGCAGCUUCCGGACAAUUGA